CUGUCAAAAAUAUCCAUUGUUCGUGCACGCUUUCGUCAGAAAACAUGGCCUCGAUACUGCGAUCGAGCAAAUUUGUGCGUUAUUUCGCCGGUUUCGCACGAAAUUUAGUGUUUAGCACGGCACGGGAAACGGAAAGCAGCUUCGUCCAGCAAUCGCAGUGUUUGUGUGGGAAUUUCACCAGUAGUUUUGCAACUGCGGCCACCAAAAGCAAGAAUGGACUCGACAGGUCGUUGAAACGCUUGGACGAAGAUGUGCGUCGUUCGGGUCGAAUCUCACGGCGGGAUCUGGAGGAGGUGUUGGAAGAGAUCCGUAUCAAUCGAUCGGCAACCAGCGCACAGUCUCUGUUGGUGAUUCGAUGCUGUGGCAAUCUCGUCCCGGAAGAAUUACCCGAAGUGCGUACCGCCCUUGUGCAGGAGAUAUGGAAAACGCUACAAAAUCUGAACGUCGCCAUGGACGUAUCGCACUACAAUGCGUUGCUGCGAGUCUAUCUCGACAACGAGCAUCCCUUCUCACCGACGGAGUUUCUUGCCAACAUGCAGUCGUUGGGUAUCGAACCGAAUCGGGUCACGUACCAGCGGCUUAUCUCACGCUACUGCCAGCAGGGUGAUAUUGAGGGUGCCACCAGAAUAUUGGAGUUUAUGCGCGAAAAGCAACUCCCGGUGAAUGAGUACGUCUUCAAUGCGCUUAUUAUGGGUCAUUCUCAAGCAGAAGAUCUAGAAUCAGCAACGGGAAUAUUGGCCGUGAUGGCACAAGCUGGUCUUCAACCUUCGGCCGACACAUACACGACACUGCUCUGUGGAUACGCUCGUAAAGGAGACAUAGAUUACAUCUGCCGUACGAUUGAAAGCUGCGAACAAAAAGAGAUUUUUCUGCUCGAUAAGGACAUAUUGGAGAUUAUCUACGCACUCGCCGUCAAUGGACAUCCGGAAAAGGUUGACCAGCUGCUGGAGAAAAUCCGUCGCCAAGCAGGUUAUAAUCAAGACGCCGUAAAUGUGAUUCUUCGACUGAUCAAUCGAGGACAUGAGGACGUCAGCCUGAAACUGCUCCGUACGAUGCCACGUGCUUCAAAGAACGAUGGCGAACUGGCAAACACGGGAAGUUUCCUGGUGCGACAGCUUGUGCGAGCAAAACGGCCGGUCGAGAAGGUAAUUACCGUUUGCCGGGAACUGCAGGAAGCUAGCAUGAAUGAUCGAGCGUAUCUGAUCGCACUUGAGACAGCGCUCAAGGGUGGUUCGGUAGAGCUAAGUUUCGCCCUACUGGAAGAGCUAGCGAAGCAGAAUCAACCGAUCCGCCAACAUUUCUUCUGGCCGCUGAUGUGCGCCAACAAUCCGGGCGCAACCAAAGAGGAACGUACAGACGGUGUGCUGAAUGUGUUGCGUACGAUGACGGAAAAAUUCAACCUUUAUCCAAGUAGCGAAACGGUCCGCGAAUAUGUCGUGCCGAACCUGCCGGUGAAUAAUAGUGAGAUCAUAAUACAGCUGCUUCGAAGUGUUGGUAUCUCGACGGCUGUUGCAAGUUCUAGCUGUGCGUACAUUGCCCUGGAAAAGAACAAUCUUAAAGAAGCUGCCAACAUGGCUGCCCGAUACCGAGCAUACUAUUCGCCUGGUGUGUUCCGAAAGCCGCUGGUGCAAGCACUUGUACAUUCGCGAGACUUUGACGCUUACGUACGCUUCGCACGUGGUCUGCAUGAAGGACUUAAACGGACACGCACGGUGGAGGAGGAAACCGAACAACAAGGAUCGGAAGGGACAGACAGCGCAACCAGUACCGAAGUACUGCAGGCCGAAACAAUGGGAACUUUAAUAUUUGAUGCUGUGUCCACCUUCAAAACUGGCCGUGUUGAGGUGAUGCAGAAGAUCCUUACCGGCUUCGUUGCUCAGGGUCUUUCGAUCAGUAACAAUAUGGCAGAGAAAAUCCAGGACCGCAUGGGCAGUGAAAUGACGGCUGAAAUAUCGGCCCUGCUGUCUAAGCUAGCUGCCGGCGAUUUAGAACCAAUCGAGCUUGAACGCACAUCACCAGCGCAGGGUCAACAGCGAACAAAUGCUUCAGUUUCCAACCUAUCCGUACCACAGCUCGAACGGCUCAUUACCGAUCUGGAGUCGCGCAAGGAAAACACCAACGGCGUUAAAUCACAACUAAUCCGUUCCGUUAUCCGUGCGAACGAUGUCGCCAAAACGAAGGAAGUGCUGCAAAAACUGGAGAGCGAAAAUUACGUCAUAAGUCCCGGAGUGUACGGACUAACGAUAGACAUGUACGCCGCAAACGGGAAAGUUGAGGAAGCUUUCGAACUGCUGAAAAGCGUUAAAGCCCGCCAACCCGACUUUAUGCUUGACCGCGUGAAGGUGGCCCGUUUGGCGCAAUGUUUGCUCGAAGCGGAACGUUUCGAUGAAGCCCUUCGCUUCCUGGAAGAAAAUGCACCAUCCGCUACGGAAUCGGGCAAAGACGAGGGUCAGCGGGAAGUUGAUUUUGUAUACAAUAGCGCCUGCUGGCGUCUGCUGAACACGCUCGCCGAGAAGGGCAACGUGCAGCAGGUCAAUCAACUAUUUGAGCAGCUGCUCGGAAAAGGUUAUAUUACACCGCAAAACAUAUUCCUCGGAUCGCUCGUUAAGGUGCAUCUCGUGCGCGAUGAUCUACCGUCGGCAAUGAGCACGUUUGCGGACAUCUGCCAGAAGUAUCGGUUGACACCGUUUAAAACGGAACUAACCUGCCGGUUGAUACAGGCGGAGGAUGCUACGAAUCUGCAGCGCUUGACCGAUCUCAGCACAGAGGUGCACGGUGAGGUAAACAGUUUGUACGAUCUCGUUUUCGCGUUCGUUGACUGUGGACGUAUUCGUCAGGCGCGCAAAAUUCUCGAAACGCCUGGCUUGCGUACCCGCUAUCAGCGUAUUCAGACGGCUUGCGAACGGUAUCAGCAGGAGGGAAAAACUUCAAGUCUGGAAGGAUUAAUGGAAGCGACAAAGGAUCUGAGCCAUAUCGAUCGUAGUGAGAUCUAUCAUAAGCUGCUGCAGAGUUAUAUUGGGGAGAAGGAUGCGGUUAAAUCGCUCGGAUUGUGGACUCGGAUGCAGGAGGAAAAUGUAGCACCGUCAGAUGCUUUCCUGAUGGAAUUGGGAGACUUUUUGAAGAGCAAUGGGUAUGAAGUUCCGUUCGCAGUCCCAGUGCCUGAACCGGUCGAGGAAAGUAAAGAUAAGGCAAAAACAAAAGGUGGUAAAACGGCACCAAGUACCACCACUUCUGAUGCGAAACAACCGGCAACGAAGCAAGUUAGCGCGAAACGUCCCCAAGUUGCUGGGCCAAUGCGUGAUUUAAAGCAAGCGAUCAAAAGCAACAAUCCGGACAGUAUCCUGUCGGCAUACGAAGCAGUGAAAGCAACCUCAGCUAAACCAAACCUCACCGAACAAUCGGCGAUUAUUGAAGCGUUGGUAAAUCGGGAACGUCUGUCGGAAGCAUCCAAUAUGGUGCUGGCACUGCUGGAACAGAAAUUGUUCCCGAUUCCGCGCACGUUCAAGUACUUCCUGAACAAACUCGCCAUCAGCGGUGAUGUGGCGACGUUUGACCGUAUCGGUGCGUUGCUUUCCGACGAUCUGAAGCGACUCAUUUCGUUCGACAAUCGACUAUGCCACGCUAAUGUAUCGAACGGCAAUGCGGAUCAGUAUCUGCGAAAGUUGGAAGAAGACAUCCAGAAGGUAAAGAGUAAGGAGGAAGCUAUUGUGGCAGCAAAACAUUUCCCAAUCGGUGGAGCAUCCGGCAUACUGGCCCAACAUCCGGAACUGCACGAACGUUACGAACAGUUGGCCGAAAACUACGCGAAAUGGGGUCUGUUAGCACCGGUAAACGCUCUCUGGAUACAUUACUUCAUUAAUGGACCAGCGGAAAAGGCCAACACUAUCUGGAAUCGGCACCUUAACAGCAGUUCGCGCAUUAUGUUCCAGAAGGUCAUUCAGCAGGCACGCGACACAAAGGAUGAUGCACUGUGUCAACGGUUAAUUGAGCAUCUGAACGAAUCGAACGUUUCGGAAAAGGGUAAAGGUUUAAUUUAUAGCUGUAUGGUUGACAUUCUGGUAGCGAAGGAAAGGCCAGAAGAAGCACUGGUUGCGCUUGAGCAGGGUCUCAAGGUGACGUGUUUGGAGAAUGUGAACCGGACAGCUCUGAGACGGCUUCAGGAUGCGCUUGUGGCGAAGGGUAAACCUUUCCCGCAUACCAUUCCGACGAAGAAUACAAAGACGGCACGAGACCCAUCGUCUACCAGCAGUAGUGAUAGUGACAGUGAGAGCAGUAGUGACGAGGAAGCCACCAAAGCAGCAGCAGCAGGACAAGCAUCCAAAUCUAGCAGUAAACCGAGCAGUAAGAAUCUGUCGUAAGAGCCAU